ACUAUCUCUCGCUCUCCCUCUCUCUCUCUAAACUUCAAAAAGCGUUUCAAUGGCUUGAUCACUUUGCACAAACAUAUUCAAAAGCUGCUUUUGGAAACUUUAGUUAUAAGCAUUUUCAAAAUAAUUGCACAGUGUUAAUAGAGCUUAUAUGAUCAAAAAGUUCUGUGGAAAUGGGGAAGAAAGGGAGUGGUGGGUGGUUCUCAACGGUGAAGAAGAAGGUCUUUAGAUCCUCUCCUAAAGACUCAAAGAGAGAAAACAACAUUAGCAACAAUACCGCCGUCAGGUGGCAGCAGCAACAUGAUACGCAAGAAGUCGUGUCUUUUGAAAAUUUCCCAGCGGAAAGUUCACCAGAAAUCUCCCAUGACGUCGAGAGCACAGCUUCUACUCCGGCAACCACCGUUGGAGAAAGAAAACACGCAAUGGCGGUGGCUAUAGCCACGGCAGCUGCUGCUGAAGCCGCCGUUGCUGCAGCACAAGCCGCAGCCAAAGUCGUUCGUCUAGCCGGCUACAACCGCCAGACAGAGGAAGAUACCGCCGCAGUUCUCAUCCAAUCCCACUACAGGGGCUAUUUGGCGAGACGAGCACUUCGAGCCUUAAAAGGACUAGUUAGGCUACAAGCAUUGGUACGUGGCAACCACGUAAGAAAACAGGCACAAAUGACCAUGAAAUGUAUGCAAGCUCUGGUUCGUGUCCAAGGCCGAGUGAGAGCGAGAAGGCUCCAAGUUGCUCAUGACCGGUUUAAGAAACAGUUUGAAGAAGAAGAGAGGCGAUCCCGGAUGGAAAAAACGAACAUAGGGUCUACGAAUCUCCAAACAGAACGAGAGAAACCCAAGAAAUUGCACGAAGUGAACCGAACCAGCCUGUACCAACCUCAAGCAAAGGAAAAAGAGAAGAGUGAAGGAAUGAUGAAAAGAGAGAGGGCUCUUGCCUAUGCAUACACUUACCAGCGGCAAAUGAAACACACAUAUAACGACGAAGCAAUUGGAUUUUCUGUCAACGGGCCUGAUAGAACUGAAUGGGGUUGGAACUGGCUUGACCAUUGGAUGUCUUCUCAACCAUACACGGGCCGUCAAACCGGUCCGGGUUCCAGUCCUGGUCCUGGACUGUACAAUCCUCCUCCCUAUCCGCCUUUCCCCACAGCCGCAGCAACCUCGGCUGGUACCACCACACCUGAUGAUGUAUCUGAGAAGACGGUGGAAAUGGACGUGGCCACUCCGACAAGCCUCAAAGACAGGAUAAUCGGUCUGACUGAUCGAGAGUAUAUAGACUUUGGAUCGUAUAGACAAGUCCAUAAGCAACGUAAAAGCCCAAGCCAUAUACCAAGCUAUAUGACUCCAACCGCAUCAGCAAAGGCUAAAGUUCGAGAUCAAGACACGACCGUCAAGCUUCAAGGUACUUCUUUUGGGCCGCAUUGGAACUCUUCGACCAAAAACGGCUCGAUUAAUGGAUCGGGUUGUGAUUCGUCAAGUUCUGGUGGAGUAGCAACAACUGGUUAUCCUGGUUCUAGGAGUCCUAACCCGAAAAUGGACAUACGACGUAAACCGGUUAGUCCUAGUCAAAGUCCUAUUGGGUUUGGGAAGAGAGCCUGGAUGCAUGAUCACUAGAAGUAUCUGAUUUUUUUUCUGGUUUCUUGAAAUAAAAAUUUACACGUGUGUUUGUCUGAUUAAUUCUCUUGUUUGGAUAUAUCUUCUUUGUUACAUAGUUGUAUUAUAUAUGAUAUUAAUAAAUGAACAUGUUUGAUCUGGA